AACAGGACCUCCAGUCCUCCCCGGUCCCAGAGGCCAUCCAGCCCCGCUUGGGCGCUCGUCUGCCCUUCCCCCGCCCCCAUGGCUUCUCCGAACGACCCUCUGCGAGCAGAUCAUAUGGUGAAAGAGCCUGUGGAAGACACAGACCCCAGCACUUUAUCUUUUAACACGUCAGACAAAUACCCCAUUCAAGAUACAGGACUCCCUAAAGCUGAGGAGUGUGAUACAAUUACUUUGAACUCUCCACAGAAUUUUGAUGAUCAACAUCAGGAAGAAGAAAACAGUUUUCCAGACAGUACUGGAGACCCACUUUCAGGUAUCAGCAGGGAGCAGCCGUGUAAAGAAGACUGCUCUUGUCCUUCCUGCUCGCUCCGGGCCCCCACCAUCAGUGACUUGCUCAAUGAUCAGGACUUACUGGAUGUGAUCAGAAUAAAGCUGGACCCAUGUCACCCAACGGUGAAGAACUGGAGGAAUUUCGCCAGCAAAUGGGGCAUGCCCUACGACGAACUGUGCUUCCUGGAACAGAGGCCGCAGAGCCCCACCCUGGAGUUCUUGCUCCGGAACAGCCAGAGGACAGUGGGCCAGCUGAUGGAGCUGUGCAGGCUGUACCACAGGGCCGACGUGGAGAAGGUGCUUCGCAGCACCCGAGGAAGUGUGACCAAGCAGGAAGUGUGACCGGCAGCGGCUGUGAUGCCAAAUGUUCAAGGGACUGAUGAGGCCUAGUUACAGCAAACGCUGAACCCUCUUCUGUGAGCUGUGCGUUGACCAGCAAGAUUAGUAACUAAGGCCCAGCAGAUUUCCUCUUCUAGUCCUGUCCUUUUAGUGUUUUGGUGUAAAGAACAGAAAUCUACUUUCUCAUGGUUGGAGAGGCUAGAAGGCCCAGGUCAAGGUGGUUUCACACGCCCACGUGAGCCAAGGCCAUGCCUUCCCAGGCCUCUUCUCUGUGUGCACACACCGUUCUCAUUUCCUUUUGAGCGGCCCCUCUUCCCUGUCCUCGGGUUCUUUUCGCCUCUGCCCUCCUGUUUUAGAAUUUUUCUCCCGUUUGGGUUCACGGCGUUGCUUUAGAGUCACUCUCUUAUCCCUCAAACCGCUUUUCCCGCGUGUGCUGACGGCCUUUCCUGUGUGCCACUGUUUCCAGUGCUUCCUUUUUUUUACAUACAAGUGCAGAAGCAAUUUGUUGGCUUGAACUUCAUCACGAAUGAUGCCUUGGGCCAAAUAAUGUCAAGCCGUUCUUUUCUUUGUAAUUGACAUUCCCGGAUGUGCCCCUGUCCACGCAGUGCCAAGCCACAUUUGCCCCAUUGAUUCCCUGGCAUCUACCAGGACCUUCAGACUCCGCCCCUGGAACCCUGUGCACAGGGUGGUGAGUGGUGAGGUGAGUCUCGCCUCUGUUGUGAUUAGAGGCUCAUGGCCACCGCUCUGGCCACUCUGGGCCAUGGGCUGAGCCUACUGGAGCCCCAGGGCUGGUGGACAUGGUACCCAAGGGUGCCUGCCUCCUACAUGGAAAGACCAUGGCAAAGCAUGGCCUGUUCUCUUCCUUCCCACGGCUGCAGAGGGGCACGGGUCUGGGAGCCAUGUGUUGAGGCACGCCCCGGGGAGUCAGCUCCAGGUGAAUCAGAGAUCAAAGGAAUGGACCGUGCAACUUGAAAUGAUGGAGUUGAUCGACCCUCUUGGAAGUAUAAUUGGGCAGCUUUUCAACACUUCUGUCUUAAGUGACAGCCACUGUCCUCUGCAGCACAUCCUUGGAAGCUUAUGGUGACAUUUUAGCCAAUGAAGGUGAUACUUUGCUACUGUUAGACUGACCCUGUGAUGCUCUGUCUAAAUAUCUUUGUGCUGUACUCAAGCUUCCUACGUUUUGAUAGCCUGUACGAUUGUGUUUUUCAUAUAAAUAAGGAAAGACUGUGUUUAACUGUAAUAAUGGGUGCUACAAAAUUAAAGAUUGAUGCCAACUGCUAUUCCUCUUUGGUGCAUUUGUGUCGGUUCCUGCACCAUUGGUGACUCACGUGUUCUGUUGGUCAGUCUUCAAUCAUUUGAGCUCCUGGUGGUUUCUAAAUGUGUCCUGGAUGCUGGAAAUGUAUCAGGGUCCCACUUCACGGAGCCCAAGGACUGGGGAGAGCCAUAGACAAGGAGAGACAGGACUGUAGAGAGUAGGGUUGUGUGUUUGAUUGGCCUGGAUGUGUAGCAUAAAUGGAUCAAGUGGAUCACUAGAUGCAGAGGGUA